AUGGAAACAUCUACUGUUGACGUCGUUGAACGAGAGAACGCUGAAGUUGCGGGUUUCUGGGAUACUUUCGACUCUCAUCUCAAGGGUUUUCUAGGAGCACUACAAAACCGGACAGCGGAGCGAGGCAGUGCUGGUGGGGUUUAUGUCCAGCAUUUGGCACAUCGACUAGACUACAAUGAUUUCUACACCAAGAUGUACGGCUUUGAUGUUACUGACCACUGGGGCGCUUGA